GUUACAGAGAAGAGCGUCCAAAACCCUUCUCCUUUAACGUUCCCCUUUUCCUCUUCAUUCAUUUUUUCUCUCAAAGAUCAAUCCACUUCUCUCUCUCUCUCCCUCUUGAUCUCCACUUUUUCUCUGUCUAAACAAACGAAAACCGAUUUACUUUCUCAUCUAACAAACAAAAACCCAUAUUUUCUUUUUCUCUGCGAUUCUAUUGCGUCUUCAACGGUUUUUGCUUUUUCAAUGGAUUUGAUCACUAAGAGUUCAAAAUCAUUGACUCCGAUGAAAGAUCCACAUGGAUUUCAAUCCAAGACUCAAGAAAUCUCCAAAAUAUCUGAGAAUUCAAACCCUAAUGUUUCAUAUUCAAUCCCUGGUUCAAAACCCACAAGUUCUUCUCCACUGACAAAAUCAGCAAAAGCCCAAAAAUCUGCAUCCAAGAAUCCAAUUGCCGCUCAGAAUGUGGUUCUCUAUUCUCCUAGAAACAAGAUUAGGGAAAGGAAGUUUGUGGUGGCAAAAAAGAAGAAUUCGAAGAACGAAAAAUUAAAUUCGGAUUCAAAUCCGACUGUGGAUUGCAAGUGCAAAGCUAGAUUUGGAGGUAAUAUGCAGAAGUGUUUGUGUGUGGCUUAUGAGACAUUAAGAGCUUCACAAGAGGAGUUUUUUAAGAAUAGAGAUUGCAUUGAAGACAAAGACAAAAGCUUGGGUAAAGAAAAGGGUAUGGAUGAUCUUAAAAGAGCUGAAUGUGAUGUUGAAGAGGAGGAGGAGGAGGAGGAGAAGGAGAUAGAGAAGGGAUUUAUGGCUCAAAAGGAUGAGAGUGACUGUGUGUAUAACACUGAUAACCAAAGUUUGAGUGAGAGUGGGCAAUCAGGUCAAUUGGGUGUUUCUACAAUUAAAAGAAGGAGAGAUAGGUUUCUUGAAGCUGCAAGAAACAGCAUGCCUGAACCUGGUUCUGGUGCUGUGAUGCAUCUAGUUGAGGCUUUUGAGCGUCUAAAAACAUUACCUAAAGAAGCUGAUAAGAAAGAGGAGGAGGACAUUAAGGAGAGCAAAAAGAAAGCAAUGCAAUGGGCAUUGCCCGGGUUGCAGCCUCCUAAUGUGCCUGAACUCCAUCCUCCUGAGGUACUCGAAAGGCAGGAUUCACCUUCUUCGUUAUGCCCUUCGGAUUUGUUUCUGACUUCUGAGAAUCUUGGUCUGGAUUCAAGGCUUUCUGUCUCCUCAUCAUGGGAUAGCAGUCAAGGUAGUAUUUCCAGCAGGACUUCCAAUGGAGGUCGGAGAAGCAGAAGAAAUAGCGCGGAGUCAUGUGGAAAAAUGGGUGGGAGGAGGUGGAAGAAGAAGCAGAUGAAAAUCACAUGCCAAAAGCCAUUUAAGUUGAGGACUGAGCAAAGGGGAAGACUGAAGGAGGAAGAAUUCACGAAAAGGUUACAGGAAAUGAUGAAUGAAGAGGAGAAGCAGCGGAUACCUAUUGCACAAGGACUUCCUUGGACAACAGAUGAACCAGAGAAUCUAAUCAAACCUCCAGUAAAAGAGAGCACCAAGACUUUGGACCUUAAGCUCCAUAGUGAUGUUCGAGCAGUGGAGCGUGCUGAGUUUGACCAUAAGGUAGCGGAGAAGAUGAGCUUGUUUGAGCAAUACAAGAUGGAAAGAGAGAGGCAGCAAAAGUUGGCAGAAGAGGAAGAAAUACGCAGAUUGAGAAAGGAGCUAGUUCCAAAAGCACAGCUAAUGCCUUAUUUUGACAGGCCUUUCAUUCCCAGAAGGUCAACGAAGCUUCCAACAAUACCUAAAGAACCAAAAUUUCACAUACCCCAGCAUAAGAAGAUAAAGAGCUGUCUGUCGUGGAACGACAUGAGCACCUUCACUUACCAGGAGGAGUGAGGCAACAGAACCUAUCUCCAUUACAGACCUCUAAUCACUAAAUAAUGUUACUCGUCAAGUCAUGAUUCUUUUUUCCCUUUGCCCAUCAGUAUUCUUCUCAAUAUGUGUACAUGAUGCAACCAAUUUAGUUGCAGUUUUGAGAAAACUUCAGUCUGUUUUUUCUUUUGAUAGCAAAUAAUGAAUGUAUGUGUAUAAUCUAUGAUGUUCCAUGGUACCCAUUUACAUUUCCUACCUCGUUUAAUUACCCGACAUGGAUACAGCUGGCUUCUUCUCCCCUAUGUGUGUUCUGUUCUUGUUUAAGAACUGGGCCAGACUCAAAGCCUCACCUUGGCUGAGAACUUCAGUCUGUUUUUUCUUCUUUUUCUUUUGAAAGUACAGUGAAAUUAGUGAAAAACCAGCUGUGGGUGUAUGAAGUUUCCAUAAAAAAGUUAAAGCAUCUUUGAAGCACCUACUACUACUCUGUAGUAGUUUCUCCUGAUC